AUGUCUCUCCUCGCUCGCUUCGUCCUCGUGGGACUCUGGGCAUCGGCUGCUUGUGCUCAGAGCUACACUGUGACUGUAACAGAGACAGUCACAGAGUGUGCUUCGUCUUGUUACUCUGUUUUUUCGCAGUGCACUUCGACUGAGUACAUCGACACUUCUUCUGGUAUCAAGCUUCCGACUGGUUCUUCGGCUAUCGUGUCUGGAUCUGAAACUUCAGCUCCCAUCACCAACGUCAUUUCCCUGCCCACCGUCUCUAUCCCCUCGACUAGCCAAUUUGUAAACACCAGUUCCCUCACUGCCUCUUACACUUCUGCCCCCUUUGGCACUGAGACCACGAUUAUGGUUUCUGAGUCUACUGGUGACGUCUCAGCUGGAUCAAGUGCUCUUGCGGAAGGAACUUCAUCUGAGUUGGAGUCUACUUUGAGUUCACUCUAUGAAUACUCUACUAGCACUCUUACCCUUGACGUAGGCACCUCUACAUCUGUCACGAACCUUGAGACUAUGCCCACUAUUGUUCCCAGCGUUGACUCUUCUGCUCUUGCACCUGGUACUACUCAGUCACUUGAGACAGGUGGAUCUACCAUCGUCCCUCAGGCUUCAACUGAGCAACCUUCUGAGUCUUCGCCUGCCAGUACAGAGUCGAUCCCUACUGAGGGUUCAAGCACGGGAACCUAUUCCCAGCAGGGUAGCUCUACUGCUUCUGGGGAUAGUGAGUCUUCUACCGUCAUCGAGGGAGGCUCGACAACCACUGUCCGAUCAAUUCUCACCAGUCAAAUCACCGUCACUGGGAGCACCUCUACUGUCUACAGUGUCUCCACCGAGCAGCCUCUCCCAUCUGGCGAGAGCACUGGGUCUAUCAAUAUCUCAUCCCAGGCUGGAGGCGCCAGCACCCAGACAGGGCAGAGUCCCGCUACAACUGAAGGCGUUCCUUCUGAGUCAACAGGCCUCACUCAGUUGACGUCUCAACUUACUCUAACUCGCACUGAGUCUCUAAUAGAGUCAGAGUCUUCAUCUAUUCCGGAGGAUACAACUGGCAUCUCUGCUGUAGAGUCUUCCAACACAUACGGCACUAUUUUUUCCGAGACGGAUGUUGCUACCGCCAGUACCAUCAAGCCUUUAUCGUCUGGAGCCUCGGCUGGCCAAACUGAUUCAACAGCUAGCGGUGCCAGCCCCGAGUCCACAAGCGCAGGAGUACCUACAGGCACAACUGAAGCUGGUCAAUCUACCAGCACCACUUGCACAUCGACCAAUCACACUCACAUCUAUGGUAAUACCACCAUCAUCCAUAGCACGGCCCAGCAAGGAGCUGGAUCUUCUGCUUUGGCUGGGUCUUUCACUUCCGUAUCCUCAUCGGGAAUUGGCUACACCUCUGCCACUUCGGAUGUGAUCAAACAGACUACGGCUCCUAGUGCUGAGACUUCCGAGGGUCGACCUGGAAUCUCGACUUCUGAAUAUCUUGAGACUACCAGUGGCACCGCUGCUGGUGUUGAAACAUCCCAGACCACUGUCCCUUCUGGUGCAGGGGAAUCUACUCCAGUAGAGUCCAAUGCAGCCCCAGCCAGUUCUGAUACUACCACCACUCUCUCCCAGCCAACCCAGCCUAUUCAAACAACCGGCAGUCCUUUCACUUCCCCCAACGCAGAGUCAACUGCUCCCAACGGAUACGACUUCGGUAACCCCAGUUCAACCAACGAUGGAUGGCCAACCGCCUCCUUCGCCUCAACUGCGGAUGCCGCGGCGGGCUUCUCUUCUUUCACAACUCUCCUUACCACCAGCAAGAUUACCGACGCUGCCCCUUCGUCCACUUCUACUGCCGUCAAGGAACCUGAGUAUGAACCGCCUGCUUAUGAGCCUCCUUCGUACCGUGAGCCAGCCUACGUUCGCAAGCGAUGGGCUUUGAGAUGGUAA